AUGCCGCAUUCUCCCUGCGAGGGGCAUGGCGGCUUUGAAUUCGAUUUAUGCAAGCUGAAGCUGGGCACAGGGGGCAGCGGGACGGUGUUCCUCGCGCAACACCGCCACACGCGCGAGCUCGUGGCGGUAAAGCGGGUGUUUGCAAAAAAAACAGCGGCAUCGGCAGCGACCCCCCUGAGGCAUUCGCGCCGCUCGCUUCUUUUCACAGGCCACUCAGCGACACGGGCAGCGAGAGGGGUGGCCCUCACCCCCGACAGCGCCGGGGAUGCAAUCAGCCAGCAGCGAGGGACGGGUUGCCGCGGUACUGGCAACAACGAAGAAGAGGAGGAGGAGGAGGAGGCGGACGAAGGGGUAGAAGAAGAGGAUGAAGAGGAGGGGGAUAUGGAAGAAAAGGAUGAGGAGGAAGAAAAUAUGACAGGUGGGACAAGCUAUCCCACGUCUGCGGAACAGCAGCAAUCCUCUCGUACAGCACACAUGCCGUGCGAGAGCACCAUUCUGCAGUACCUCGGUCCACACCCCCACAUUGUGAGGUUCCUUGGGAGCUGCACCACCUCCUGUAGGGUCACGUUCUUCGCGAUGGAGUUGAUGGAUAGCGACCUUGGUAGAGAGCUCCGCGCUGCAAACACCGCAUUCAUGAGUGAAGACGUUGCGCGUCCGCUCUUGUAUGCUGUGGUUGCGGCCAUCGCUCACCUUCAUAAGCGCGGUAUCGCGCAUCGGGAUAUCAAACCAAGCAACAUUCUCCUCAAGCGCGCUGACGCAGAAGGGGUGGAAUGCGGUGGCAGCAACAGCAGAGUUGGUGUCGUGUCCAAGGAGGAACGAAUCAAAGCGGCGCUUGGCGACUUCAGUGCGGCGCACUUCAUGCAUGAAAGCGCGAAGGUUGGAAAUGCACGCGGCACGCUUUAUUACAAGGCCCCAGAGCAGUUCAUAGGCCGCGCAGAGAAUUAUUUUGCGUGUGAUAUGUGGGCUCUUGGCUGUACAAUGUUUGAGUUUAGCACAGGCUCCAUUGCCUUCUGUGGGUCGACUGACCUUCAGGUUCUUCACCAGAUUCACGCCAAACUCGGCACAGACUUUAGGAGCUACCCACACAAAACCCAUGAGGCGACGCUGUUUGAUAGUCUUUGUGUGCCAUCGCCGUUGUUUCUGGAUUUGUUAAAAGGUUUUCUUGCCCUUGAUCCACGCGAACGCCUAACCGCUAACGAGGCACUGAGCCACGCAUUCUUUGACCCAUUACGGCACAAACAGGGUGCGUAUAACGAUGGUGUGGAGGAGACGUUCCCUGUGCGCCUUCGAUGCUGCAGGGCUGUAGAUCCCGCGCAACUCACAUUCCGCUCGGUCAUAAAAACACCCACCAAGCGGUCAAGAGUACAGGUAGUGGGCAGCACUUCACACACCAAGCAUACAGCAAACCAUUUGGAUGGGAGUCUUUCUUGCUCCUGUCAACACUGCAGCAUGUGGUCUUCGUUCAUUAGCGCGAGCCCAAGCCCUAGUGUAUACUCCAACCGUAUGCGUUCUCAACAGGAGAGUGUUGACGCGUCACGGCGGCGUUCACUUCAAAGUGGCGGACCAGACACCUCCAAGGCGGCAAGGCGUCUCUCGAUCUCCUCCUGCGCCCUAGGUGCAGGCAGCGUGUCUGCGCAGGGGAGGGACGAAAACUCAAGGGCUAUUGGACAAUUUAUUUCACCCGUGGCAUUGCGCUUUAGUCCUGCAACCUCUGUAAAGCGGCCGAGUGGACCCGCUGUACCACCAACUCAGUGUAGGGUACCGCGGUUAACUCCACUCUCUAACGUCACGCUUGGGAAUGCGCGGACGAAUAUGCUGUUUGAAAGGGCCAUGGCUGGCGGCGGUUGCGCACAAGGAGGAGCACGCGUACUCUUCGAAGAUGAUGCUUACUCCUUACGGUACGACGCUGACUCUCCAAGUGUGCGAAAGAUGCUCUUUGAGUCACCGCAGCGAACUCUUUCUAGUUGUUUGAAUGAAAGUCACGAAAAGGUGGACGAAAGCGUUUCAGUAGACGGCCCCGAAGCAUCCAUGCGGCGUUGUUCAGAGGUAUACAACUCCCCGCAGCUGCUGUUGAAGACGCCUGAGCCAUGUCCGCCGCCCUUUGAGCUGUUGCGUAACGUUCCAGCACAACACAGCGCGCCUCUUAGGCAUAUCAACACGGGGCGCCCUCCCCGCUUCGAUGACAUAGACAGAAUACCACGAGCACCUGCCCGGAAUGAGGAGGCGUUGACAAUGAGAAGUGCACAGCUAACUGAGGGCAACACUCCCUUGUCGACGAAGCCGAUAUUGAAGAAAGCACCGCCUUUCCCUCCGCUCCACAUGGGGAUAUGA